AUGCCAGGAGCAGCGACUCCGGCCAUCACGCCGGAGCGGAUAACGCUCUAUGGCAUCGCAUCCUCCGUCGCCGCCGCCAGCGUCGUCUUUCGCGCCUUUCGCGAGAGGUCCAACUUCUAUGCCGCCACCGUCUGGCUCGGUCGCAGCAAUGGCUGCAUGCUCGUCCUGCUCAACUUUGUCCUCUUCAUGACGCUCGUCUUUGGCCGCGUGGUCCAGAAGAUCUUCUUUGGACAGCUGAGGGCUAUCGAGAUCGAGCACCUCUAUGAGCGAUCGUGGUACUCGCUGGUCGACACCUUGUUGGCCAUGGCCAUCUUCCGCGACGAGUUCGACGUCAGCUUUGUCCUCCUCUUCGGCACGCUCCUCUUCCUCAAGGCCUUCCACUGGCUCAGCGGCGACCGCGUCGAAUUCAUGGAGCAAUCGCCCUCGGUCUCGCGCCUCUUCCAUGUCCGCAUGGUGGCCAUCCUCUGGACGCUGCUGAUCGUCGACGUCUUCCUGGUCGGCUUUGUCGUAGAGCUGCUCCUCUUCAAGCAGACCAAGAUCGGCAUCAUGAUCCUGUUCGCCAGCGAGUUCAUCACCUUGAUGAUCUCGUUGUGGUCGACCAUCGCCAAGUACCUCAUCAACUGCCAGGACCUGCGCUCCGACGAGCCGUGGGAGGCCAAGAGCAUGUACAUCUUCUACGUCGACCUGUGCAACGACGUCCUCAAGCUCGCCACCCACCUCUCGUUUUUCGUCCUGCUCACCAGCUGGUACGGCCUGCCGCUCAGCCAGAUCCGCGACCUCUACGUGACGGGCCGGUCGUGCGCGGGCAAGAUCCGCGACCUGAUCCGCUACCGCGCCGCCACCAAGAACAUGGACUCGCGGUACCCGGACGCCACAUCGAGCGACAUGCGCGCCAUGAGCGACGGCACCUGCAUCAUUUGCCGCGAGGACAUGGUCGUGCGCGACCCGGACGACCCUGCAUCGUCUUCGCAGCCGACGCCGUCGAGCUCGAGCCACGGCCUCAAUAUGACGCCAAAGCGGCUGCCCUGCGGACACAUCUUCCACUUUCACUGCCUCCGAUCGUGGCUCGAGCGCCAGCAGAGCUGCCCCACCUGCAGAAGGUCGGUGCUCGAGGAGGCGUCGACGGCGCCACCGACAGGAGCCGCCCCACCCCUUCCAGCAGCCGCGCCCCAGCCCGGUGCGGCUCCGACUCCGCCGCCCACACGCCAAGCGGGUGGCGCAGCAAACGCUCAGCCCGGCGGAUCCGGGACGACACCGGGCGCAGCUGCAGGCGAUGAACGGGCAGAUGGCGCGCGCGGCUUCGACCGUCGCCUGCAGGAGUUCUUGCAGCGCAUCCAGAGCGACGCCCGCCGGGUGCGCGACGAGGGCAACGCUUCGGCCAGACGUGCCGGGCGCCAACAUGGCCGCCGGACCCCGCGCGGCGAUCAGGCAGGGGCGGAAAUCGGAGCGCACUCGACACCCGCGGCCUCAGCACCCGCAUCAGCUUCAACUUCGACGACUCCGACGCCAAACGCGUUCGAUGGUGCAAGACCAAUCGCGAGCGCUUCGGCUCCAGCGUCGCGUGGUAUCGCAACGCCGCCGCGCUGGCCGGGACGAGGCCUCGGGCCGAUGCUGGGUCGAUCGAGCCUGUCGCAGGCAUACCUGCCCCACGCCGACGCGGACGGUGGUCUCUGGGUGGCCCCUCCGCCCGAGACGCUCGAGAUGCCGUGGACAAGAACGAGGCUGCGAGUUGGGAGAGGAGCCAGCAGGGCAGAAAAUGCCGCAGAACCGGACGCUGCUGGCGCAGCCGAAGCGGCCGACGCGGUCGCCGUUGAUAAGACGACGGAGACAGCGACCGAGGAGACGCGGCCCGAGGACGAGUCCGGCGAUGACGACGAAGAGGAGGCCGUUGACGAAGCGGCUCGGGCACGAGACCAUGCCCUAAAGCUCAACAGCUGGCUGGACGCGCUGCAGCAGAAGCAGCAGGCGAGCAAGGCGCCCGGGAGCUCGAGCACGGCUCCAGUCGCCGAGUCUGCAGUCCCGGACCGCGGACCGCAGGAGCAAGGGCAAGGAGCCACGGAGGAUCGACCGGACACGCCGCGUGCAGCGACGGAGCGAGAGGAUGCCACCGCGCCGCACCUGAUCCCGCUCUUUGACCCGUCUCGCAUCCCGCACUUUGAGUCGGUCCACGUCCCCUCGCUGCCCUACCAGCUGCUUCCGCCCACUCCGACGACGGCAGCCGCUGCAGCGCACCGUGGUCCCACGUCAUCGUCGCUCCUGCGGGACCUUGGCGCCCUGUCCGAUGAGGACCUGCAGCGCAUGGCGGACGGGUCGCGAGCCGGGCUUGAGGCAUACGUCCGGACGCUGGGCUUGAUCCAAGCGGACGUGUCGAGCCUCGUCGAACAGCUCACUCGCGUCCUCUCCGUCGAUCCACUUUCGAACCGCGGCGGUCGAGAGCUGGCGGAAGAGGGAGAGGACGACGACGAGGUGCCGACCAGGAGGCGAAGUGGAAAGGGAAAGGCGCCAGUGGAAGGCAUGAAUGCCGUCUAA